AUGAAAAACUACGCCCAUAACCUCGCCCUCUGCCCCGACCCGCCUCCUGCCAGGCCGGGCAUCCGCACCCCGGAGCCUCCAGCUCCUCCGGGUGCGCAGUUGCAACGGAGGCUGGAGCAGCGACAGUGCCCGCGGGUCCCCUAUUCCUCCUCUGCGGAUUGCGUGGAGUACGAGAUCCCCCACAUCUCGGUGGGCGCCCCAGUGCAGGCCGUGGCCACCUACGCCGGGGCGGACGAGGACGCGAGUGCUGUGUUCGUGGCCACGCGCAACCGCCUGCACAUGCUGGGGCCUGCUUUGCAACCCUUGCAAAGCCUGGUCACCGGCCCUUCGGGGGACCCCGACUGUGAGACUUGCUCUGCCUGCGGCCCCGAGCUUCGUGGCCCUCCCGGGGACACGGACAUGCCAGUGCUGCUGAUGGACGAGACGCUGCCCGCCCUGGUGAGCUGCGGCACCAGCAUGCACGGCCGAUGCUUCUUGCAUGAGAUGGAAGCUAACGGGGACCGUCCUGCAGCUGCUGCGCCGGCCUGCCUCUUCACAGCGGCCCAGAACCGGCCCGAGAGCUGCCCCGACUGCGUGGCCAGCCCGCUGGGCACCCAGGCCGUCCUGGUGGACGUGAGCCACGCUUCGUAUCUCUACGUGGCCUCCACGCUGGAUGCCCAGGUGGCCGCCAGCUUCAGCCCACGCUCAGUGUCCAUCCGACGCCUCAAGGCCGAUGCCUCGGGGUUCCUACCUGUCUUUGAGGGGCUGUCGGUGCUGCCUGCCUUCGUGGCUUCCUACCCCAUAGAAUACAUCUAUAGCUUUCAGUCGGGGGGAUUCGUCUAUUUCCUCACCUUGCAGCCUGUCCACUUACAUUCUGCAUCCGAGGCCCGGCAUACCCAGGUGGCACGGCUCAGCGCUCAGCCUUUCGAGGUAGAGAUGGGCGAAGUAGAGAGCUCCACUCUCCACUGUGAAUUCAGGCUCAGGCGCCGACGUCGGGGUCUUAGCUAUCCUGAAGACAGGCAGAGCUACCCCGAGCUGCAGGCUGCCCAUGUGGCCACCGUGGGCAGCAACCUGGCCAUCGAGCUGGGCGUCGAGGCAGGCGAGGAAGUGCUCUUUGGAGUCUUCAAGACCAGCAGACACAGCAACUCGGAUGUACUUCCCAGAUCUGUAGUCUGUGCCUUCUCCAUCAAUAUGAUCAACAAAUUCAUCGAUGACGGUGUGAAAGCUUGCUGUGAUCCUCCAGUCGGCCCCGGGUAUCCCCCGGGGCUCGACUUCUUCCAGGCACCCAGUAUUUGCCCUGACACGCCUGACUCCAAGACUCCCAGCAACAUCAACUGCUACCAUUACCCUCUGGAGGUCAACAACUUCUUCUCACGUGUGGACCUAUUCAAUGGGCUCUUGGGACCUGUGCAGGUGACAGCACUUUAUGUGACUCUCCACGGCAAUGCCUCAGUGGCCCACAUGGGCACAGCUGAUGGCCGCAUCCUACAGGUAUGUCUUCCGUGGAGUUUGCCAGGCUAUCUCAACUACUUGCUGCUUAUAUCCAACUUCUCGCUGGGCAAUAAUAGGCAGCCCAUGCAACGCCAUGUCAGUCGCCUUGGAGACCACCUGCUCUUUACCUCUGGGGACCAGGUCUUCCAGGUGCCUAUCCAGGGUCCUGGCUGCCGCCACUUUCUCACCUGUUGGCGAUGCCUGUGGGCACAUCAUUUUAUGGGCUGCGGCUGGUGUGGGAACAUGUGUGGCCGGCAGGAGGAAUGUCCUGACUCCUGGCAGCAGGACCAUUGUCCACCUGAGCUUGCUGAGUUCUAUCCUCGAAUUGGACCCUUGAGAGGCAGCACGAGGCUGACCUUGUGCGGCUCCAACUUCUAUUCACAUCAUCUUGCUAAUUGCUGCCCUCAAGACACCCAUCGAGUCACCGUGGGCCAGAGUCCCUGCCGACUAUUGCGACUAUUGCCCAGGGGACAAUCCAGACUUCAGCCAAUGCCCCAGGAUGACUUUGGAGAGGCGCUUGAGUGUGAAUUGGAGCCCGUGGAUGGGCAGGAAAUCGGGGCUGCCAGCAUCAGCCUCACCAUCACCAACAUGCCCCCCAACGAAUACUUUCGGAUAGAAGGCACGGCCAUGCUGCCAGGUUUCUCUUUCCUCGAGCCAGUGCUGACGGCAAUCCACCCGCUCUUUGGCCCGCGAGCAGGGGGCACCAGCCUCACUCUGGAAGGUCAGGGCCUGUCUGUGGGCACCAGCCAGGCUGUGCUGAUCAAUGGAACUGAGUGCCUGCUUGAAAAGGUCAGCGAUGGGCAGCUCUUAUGCACCACACCCUCCUGGGCUGCCACGGCCAGCGUUCCCAUUCACCUGCAGGUGGGGGGCGCCACGUUGCCUGGCUCCUGGACCUUCCAAUACCGGGAAGACCCCAUCGUGCUGGGCAUUAGCCCCAACUGUGGCUACAAGGGCUCAUACGUGACCAUUCAGGGCCAGCACCUGACCUCAACUUCACACCUUGUGCUGUCCUUCCGUCAUGGGUUCCGGGUCGUGGAGAGAAGGUGUGGGCAGCAGUUCCCCGACCAGCAACGAUGUCGCUUGCCUGAAUACGUGGUCCAGAGCUCACAAUGGGGGGUGAUAGGGAACCUGAGUGUCCUCGUGGACCGAGUUACUGCUUUCACACAGCCUGGCUUCUUCUUCUUGCCGCCACCCCACCUACCCAGCAUUGACCUGGCCCCUCUGAAGCCCGAGGAGCGUGCCAUUAAGUUUGAGUAUAUUGGACUGAGUGCUGUGGCUGAUUGUGUGGAUAUAAAUGUGACCGUGGGUGGCAAGAGAUGCCAACAUGAAUUUCGUGGCGAUGUGGUCAUCUGCCCCUUGUCUCGCUCCCUGCAACCUGGCCUCGAUGGGGUCCCACUCCAGGUCUGUGUGGAUGGUCAGUGUCAUACCCUGGGCAAAGUUGUACGGGCGAACCCAGAGGCGGUCUCACAAAGAACAUUCAUCUUCGUCUUGCUGACUUUGCUCUUGCUUUUGGUCAUACUGGUCAUCGUGCUGGUGGUCAUGUACCAGCGGAGGAAGAAGCCAGUCCUGGCUUCCAGUCGGAGUGACCAGCUAUUCCUGGACCCAUCCUCUGGAGCCUUGUCUUUGCCGAUGCUCAAGUUAGACUCUGACUCUAAGACUGACCUUGCUGCUGACAGUCUACUUUCCAUUCCAACACUAUAUUCUACAAUCCAAGAGUUUCCAGAUUCUGAAGAUGGAGACUGUGUCCCGUUGGUGCAGACCAAAUCCAUCCAGCUAAGCAAGCUAGACUCGAAGCUUCUGGCUGAAGUCAAGGACAUGCUGAUUCCUCCAGAGCGGAUGGUCACCUACAGUGACCGCAUCAUUGGCAAAGGCCACUUUGGGGUUGUCUACCACGGAGAAUACACAGACGAAGAUCAGAAUCAAGUUCACUGCGCCGUCAAGUCUCUGAGCCGUAAGGAGGUGGAGGCCUUCAUGCGAGAGGGGGUGCUCAUGCGAGGGCUGCACCACCCCAACGUGCUGGCUCUCAUUGGCAUCGUGCUGCCCGAGGAAGGGCUGCCCCUGGUAGUUCUGCCUUACAUGCGCCACGGAGACCUGCUCCACUUCAUCCGCUCGCCCCAGAGAAACCCCACCGUCAAGGACCUCAUCAGCUUCAGCCUGCAAGUGGCCCAUGGCAUGAAGUACCUGGCAGAGCGGAAGUUUGUACAUAGAGACUUGGCAGCCCGAAACUGUAUGUUGGACGAUUCUUUCACGGUCAAGGUGGCUGACUUUGGUCUGGCCCGCUACGUCUUGGACAAGGAGUACUAUAGUAUCCAGCAACAGCGCCAUGCUCGCCUCCCCAUAAAAUGGAUGGCUGAGAGUCUGCAGACCUACAAGUUUACCACCAAGUCUGAUGUGUGGUCCUUUGGUGUGCUGCUAUGGGAGUUGCUUACGCGGGGUGCCCCACCGUACCCCCACAUCGAUCCCUUUGACCUUACUCACUUCCUGGUGCAGGGCCGGCGCCUACCCCAGCCUGAGUAUUGUCCCAAUUCUCUGUACGCAGUCAUGCAGCGAUGCUGGAUGGUGGACCCUGCAGCACGACCCACGUUUGGAGUGCUGGCGAAGGAAAUUGAGAGAGUGGUGAGUGUGCUGCGUGGGGACCACUACGUGCAGCUGCCCGCCACCUAUGUGAAUCUCAGCCUCGGUGCCUCUGCUGAGGAAGAAGUGCCCCCAGAACAAUCACCAUCCCCACCGGUGCACAGAAUCGUUGAACAACCCCGUCCCCUCUCAGAACCGCCUCAGAGCCCCUCAGGGGCGGAAACACCUCAACCCUGUCUGGGCCCCUCAGGGCCAGAACUGGACUCCAAACUACUCCUGGGUGAUUCAAGGGAGAGGAUUGAGGGGAAAUCGAGCUGA